AUGGAAAAUCAGAGUAGCACAGUCAUGGAUAAAGGCCCAGAUUCAGAAUCAGGAAGAUGUGGGUUUAAAAGUGCUGUACAGUCUCAGAUUGCCUUCAUGGCAUCCAUGGCCACUCACUUCAGCAACCAAAACAGUGGGAUAAUCUUCAGCAGUGUUGAAACCAACAUUGGAAACUUCUUUGAUGUCAUGACUGGGAGAUUUGGGGCCCCAGUGACAGGGGUCUAUUUCUUUACCUUCAGCAUGAUGAAGCACGAAGAUGUAGAGGAAGUGUACGUGUACCUGAUGCACAAUGGCAAUACGGUCUUCAGCAUGUACAGCUAUGAGUCAAAAGGAAAAUCGGAUACAUCAAGCAAUACCGCUGUGCUGAAACUGGCCAAGGGAGAUGAGGUUUGGCUGCGGAUGGGGAAUGGAGCUCUGCAUGGAGAUCACCAACGCUUUUCCACCUUUGCAGGAUUCCUGCUCUUUGAAACAAAGUAAAGGGAAAAAAAAUGAAGAAAGCAUCUGCAUGGGGGUGGGGGGAAG